AUGACAGACCACGAAUACUACUAUCGAAUCGAUGAUGAACAAGAACUUCUGCCACCCGAUGGACCACCACCACCCUAUCGCUCCGGGAAUAUGAGAAGCACCAAGACCCUGCAUGCACGUCCCACAUUUUGGAGCCCAAGGCAACCUCCCAAUAGAGAUUGGAAAACCAUGGCCAUGCGUGGUAAACGGCUAGUCAGCACGUUACGACAGCCAUCACCUACUUCAGCUCAUCAACCUGUUGCCACCUUGUUUGAUUCACCACCUGCUUAUGAAGACAUCACUGCUAAUAGGGGUUUCAAUGGCCAUCCAAUGGAUCCUAGAGCCAUCCGUGAGACUCUUACUAAUUCAGGUCAGCAUCAUAGGCAGUCAGCAACACUGCAACAGCAUUUCACUACACGCCCAAGACGUGCAUCAACGACGUCACCGGCCAUGACAAUUCCCUCCGUAACCUCUUCUACCCCCACUCGAAACCGCCAUCAUAAUGAUAAAUGCACAAUCAUGUAA